AUGGUCUCCUCCUACGCGGAGGCCGAGCAGAGAGUGCAUGACGCCUACGUGAAGGCCCUCCACGGCGGCACUGUCAAGCCCGCGUCAUCAGUCGUCGCUUCUCUGAACUUCGCCCUCUUGAUCGGCUGGUUGUUCGUGUCUCCGUCAAUAUCGGAGCUGUGCUUCCGAAGGUGCCGCCUGCCGGUCUUUCUGUGCAUCUCCUAUGCCUCGAUAUGGAACCUGCUAUAUACCCGCUCGAUCGGUGUAGUGGGCAGUAUUGGCGUUGGCCUGAACUCAGUGCUGUGCGUUGUGCUCGCUGUCAACUUCAUACUUUUGCACGACCCGCGGACCUUCAAGAGGCUGGUCUUGCGAUCAGAUGGGGGACCAUCCGGGGCAGAUACGUCCACCGAGCUGGCCCAAGGGCUUGAUGCGUGUGACGGACAAGGCCGCAAGCAGCUCCUGGCUUGGGAGCACAUGCCAGGGAAUCCAUGGCGCAGGCUGUUGUGGAUUUUGGACCUCAUCACCAGCUUCCGCACCGUGCACUGGUCCUGGAGUUCUUCGGCUUCGCCUCCAGAUGCUCGCUGGUUGAACAACGACAGUUCAUACCGCACAGCUUCAGCCGGCCGGAACCUGUCUCGCUUUCUGGUUGACUACUUCCUCAUCGACCUACUCAAGUGCAUCAUGAUUGCAGACCCGUACUUCGUCGGCUAUUCCACAAAGCAACCACCGCCUUAUUUGUCGCCGUAUCUCACGUCCUCAGGGGCGCUGUACACUUAUCGCUUGCUUCUCAGCACAGCAGGGAUGUACCUAGCGGUCGAUCUGGAAUAUUCAACGGCAGCUCUGGUCCAGGUCAACUUUCUCGGUCCAGGGAUACUUGGACUGAAUGCGUUGCCCUUCGCGUUUCCCCCCAUCUGGGGUAACCCAUCCGCUAUUCUGCGCAAAGGUCUAAGAGGCUUCUGGGGUCAAUGCUGGCACCAAUUCUUCAGGAUGCACUUUGUUAGCAUUGGCGAUGCUAUGGCGAACAUCUUACUAAGGAACGAACACUGGAACCCCUGCAACUAUGGAAGUCCUGACAGGAAACCACGUCAAGACCUGAAGCCUUCGAGAGCAAGACAUGUGGUUCGGAUUGUGACUGUGUUUCUCCUCAGCGGGAUAUUGCACGCUUGUGCCAGCUAUACACUGCUAGGACCUGCGAAGCCUGUCGCAACAUUCCUGUUUUUCGCGCUCCAGCCGCUGGGUAUGGCGAUCCAACACGCAUGCUCUCGGCUUUUUGCCGGCAGCUAUCUCCCAAGCUUACCAGACCGAUGGACAGCAAUGAUACGUCAAGCUGCAAAUGCUGGCUUUACCCUUCUGUGGCUUUGGGGAACCGGUGGCAUGUUUUUCGACGACAUGGCCAAAGGGGGCAUGUGGUUGCUGGAACCCAUCCCGGUGAGUUUCAUUCGUGGGCUGGGACUCAGCAAUUACGACAAAAGGUUCUGGUGCUGGUAG